GACUUCGGUACGCAGAUAUUCAAUGAUACGUAACCCGUCGGGUUAUACUGGGAACACGAUACCAUGGUUUGUAGAAACCAUGCUGAAUGACGAAUCCGAAGGUGCAUUCGCAGAAUCAACCUCGACCCUACGUGUAAUGAGGCACAAACUUAACGCCAUGAAAUCACCUAUAGAUCGUGCUGCGCAUCCGGUUAUUGUGGUCGCUUUCGCUUCACACCUGAAAAAAACACAUCGUAUCGCGUUGCGUACGACCAAAAGCGGCCAUGUUAGACCCAUGUAAUUCUGACUGUGUUUCGUUUAGAGGAGCGCUUCAUUGGCUGUAUGAAGUUCCAGACCCUUGCCUUUAUCUCAUGGUGCAAUCGUUGACUUGGCCUGAGUGGCAGCGACGGCCGCUAUAAAUUCUGUCACCAUUUCACCAGAAGACGAACUACAUUCCAGCUCCCAUCUCUUUCUCUAGAUGAGCUACCCUCCUGCAGAAAUAAGUGAAGAGGGUCGGUCAGACAGCCCGGCCCCCUCGUUGUACUCGUUCAACUCUUCCAUAGACGGUCGAACUUUGCUCCGACAAGCGUACGGUCGCAUCCUGAACAACCAAAAUGAUACAUAUUUACUGCCUGCCGAUAAUGAAGAGCACCGUCGGCUAGAUCUUCAGCAUCAUAUCUACACCAUAAGUCUAGGCUCCCUGUUCCCUGCAGCUGAUUUGGUUCGACGGGCCUUGGCCCCCCGUCCCGGAUUCACUCCUGCCAUAAUUGAUCUCGGCACAGGUAGUGGGAGCUGGGCGAUUGACAUGGCUAGGGAAUUCCCCCACUGUGAAGUGGUGGGCAUCGACUUGGCCCCUCCAAGGAUCGAGAGAGAACUACCCAUAAACUGCAGAUUUGAGAUCGAUGACGCCAAUCUUGGAUUUGCACACUAUAGAGGCUGUUUUGACGUAGUACAUGCGAGGGCAAUAUCCGCUGGGAUUCGCGACUACCCCCAAUUUCUGAAUGAAGUUGCUCAGGUGCUCCGACCCGGCGGAGUGUUUAUUAUGGGAGAUGGCGAGAUGCAGCUAUAUGAUGAAAAUCGCAAGCCGCUUUCAUUCGCACAGCCUGGCCAGCCAGGAUUUACCUGGACACAUCGAAUAUUCUUCGCUGGCUAUAAUGCCAUGAAGAAUCGGGGCGGCAGCAUUGACGCUCCAUCGAUGGGCCCUACGUGGCUGAGGGCCGUGAACUCAUUCACAGAUGUUGGCUGGCAGAAGAUAUUCAUACCCAUUGGUCCGUGGCACUAUGAGGAUGAGCGAAGCAAGAUCGUGGCAGAAAUGUUACGGAUGAAUACGUUGAGUUAUAUUUCCGGACUAGGCCCCUUACUGCUAAGCGAGGGGUACCUUCCAGAACUCGUCCAAAAAAUGCAGCAGGAGGCCACUGCUGAAUUGCAGGAACUUCGGAUCCACUUAUAUACCAGAUGGAGUUUCGCUUGGGCGGUGAAGAAACCUAACUGAACUUGGAAAGACUCCGAAGUGCCUCAUCUCCCGGUGAUCUAAAACCUAAAAUACUUUUCAGUAUUUUAUUCCGGACAUGUCUUCGGUGACUUGAACAUUUGCUGAUGCCAGAAAUGCCCGUUGCAAUUGCGCUGCUCAGGCUCACUGUCAAAAUAGAGUAGAUAGCCUUAGAUCUCAAAGUUCCAGAUACUACCGUAACUUCUUAUCACACGUUAUUGUAUCUUAUCUGUAUUGCUAGAGUCGCAGGAGAUUUGUAUGUGUGUUUCCUCGU